UAUUACAUUAUUAUUAGUAUCCAAAAUAUACCGGAUAAGUUUGUGUCAAGUUUGGAGGAUGCAUUUCCUCAGGAAUACAGGGGAACUCAGUGGUGGUAUGACUACACACAUUUUAUUUAUUCAACUUUUUAUUUUAUAAUUUCAACUGCGGAAAAAAGUAACUAGUUGAUAAGCUUUUAAAAGUACGGAGAUGCGUUUGAAAAGGAUAUUUAUUUAAAGUUUAAAGUAUGUUUGACAGAGGAAACUUUAGAUCAGAUCUCUUCAAUGGGAUCAUGGCUUCAACAGUCUUCCCUUCUCUGGCAGACGUGUUUACUGAGGCUAUUUUAACUGAGGAUAUAUUUCAGUCCUUAGACCAAGUGUCCAGUAGGGCCAUGUCUGAAACUAUGGAAUCUGUGAAAGGGUUAAAUGAAAAUGACUUUCUUAAUCAGCAUGUGCUUAGUGAAGAGAAAGCAGAAGUAAUCAUAGCAGGCGCAGUCGACUCGAGCAUCCAAGAGCUGACGCAACCUGAUGAUUUAAUGAUCCCAUUAAUGUGGCCAAAUGUUUAUGGUGACCAAGGUGGUGAAACUCUAGUCGUAGAAUACGAAAUAGAGGUUCCUCCAGAAGAAACCGGGGAAAUGAUAUACGCAAAUUCACCCGGUUCUGCUGGCGAUAUUUCAGAUUUCUCUUCCGAACCUGAGAACGAUAGCAGUUGUGGAGGCAGUGAUGGUAGUAGUCCAAUGAUCUCAUACAAUAAAGUGGAAGUAAAAACUGAACCAGGAUUAGAUGAGCAACGUCAGGCAGCUCCUUAUCUACCAGUUCAGGCAAUAUUAUCUCCGUAUGAAGAAGAGGAGUUAGAAGAUUAUAAUGACACAGUUAUUCGUCAUAAAAAAAGACGAAAAAGUGAUGCAGAAUAUAUUGCUGAUGGUAGAAAAAGACCUGGUAGAAAGAAGGGACAAACUUCCAGUGUGUAUCACCUGUGGGAGUUCAUCAGAGAUCUGUUACACGAUCCCAAACAGAGAAUAAUUAAAUGGGAGAAUGAACAAGAAGGCAUUUUUAGGGUUGUUAAGUCUAGUGAAGUAGCUAAACAAUGGGGCAAUAUGAAGAAAAACAGAGAAAAAAUGACAUAUGAAAAACUUAGCAGAUCGUUACGGUAUUCAAGAAAAGAAGGAUAUUUUGAAGAUGUGCCUAAAGAUGAAGGUUAUCCUAAAAAACUUUGUUUCAAAUUUGGACCAAAAUCUCACGGAUGGAAAAGACUUUGAAUAUGAAUGCAAUUAUGUGAAUCAAAGAAGUUAGAACAUGUAAAAUGUAAAACGAAAGAAGACAGCAUGUGAAUCAAAAGACAUAGGGCUGUGUGUAGCAGCGUGCCGAGAGGAUGUGUGGUACUGUUUACGUUGAAUUCUCAAAAUGUGAUAAUAAACUGUGCAAUUUGUGUCAACAAAGCACCUGUUAGUGAAACAUUUAUAUCAUAAUCAUGGUUAUUACAAUUAACCAAUCAAAACAUGAGUCUGUAUACAUGUAUCAGGAAAUACUUAAAUUAGUGACAAAAGUGAAGACAACAUUUCAUGGAAGCCUAUUGUUAUGUUAUACAGUCAGGGGUAAUACUUAUACAAAUGUUUUUUUAUUAACUGGUACAGGUAAAUUAUUUUGGAGGUAGAGUUAUAUCCCUUAGACAUUCAAAUAUUUUUUACUUGUAGAAUUUCUCUUGACUACAUUGUUCUAAUAGAGUUUUUAAUUGUCUGUCAUUAACAGUUGCCUUUCCUAUUCAUUAAAGUAUAAUUUCAUGGGCAAUGAAAAUUUCAUUUGUCUUUUAUCUUCAAAAUACUGGUCAUUUACAAGCCUUCAUGAGGCAAUUUUUGAAGGCCUAAGUAAAUUUUUGGAGAAAAUUAAGGGGAGAUAAUUAAAAUCUUCAAAAAUCUUACAAAUUUAUUUAUACAAGUAAAUAUUACUUAUAUUUUCAAGUAAAUAAAAAUGACUUGUAUAAGUAUUACCCCUGACUGAGCACUUAUUACAUGUCUUUUCAUGAAAAAUCUAUCAUAAACCAUAGCACUUAUUACAUAUGGCUUUUCAUGAAAAAUCUAUCAUAAUCAUGAAUUAUCUUAUAUACAAAUGGGAUAACACAUUUGCAUUGUCAUUUUAAUUUGAUACCUGUGAAAAAAUAUAUAUGUGAUAAAUAUCAACAAUAAACACUGCUGAUAAGUAUUAUGUGUUAAUAUUCAUAAAAAUAGAAAGUUUUUAACAUAAGUGUUUGUUUGUAAGUUGUUUAUUUCAGAAUAUUUUAAUAUUGAUGUAUGUUGUAUUUUAUUCCAAAGUGUUAUUCAUGAAUUCUACAAGUGUGCCUUUUUCUAUCAUUCCAGGUUUUACUAUUAAUUUUCCUUUAAAUCGUGAGAAUAGAUGUGUUUUUGUAGAAUGAAUUGAUUUUAAACAAGUAGAGGUUUAAAUUUUUACAUUGUCUAUGAAAUAUCAAGUUAUUGAUGCACUUAAGGAUGUUUGCUCCUCUUGUUUUUGAAUUUCUGCCAUAUUUUCGAAUCAUCUGGUUUUAUCCAUGUAUUCCCAUUAAAAAAAUUUGCCCACUAACUCCUACUUUUCUUUUCAUAAUUUUAUUACAUAUAGUUUAAAAAGCCAUAUUUGAAAAUCUUAUAAAAUCCUUGUUAUUUUUUCAUAGUUUUUGAAUCAAAAAUGCGGCCAAUGUUAAAAGUAUGAAAAAUCUAGAGAGAAUCAUUUCCUGCCAAAUUUUCAAUGGCUUCCUUUCUUUAUAUACUAUCAUUUCAAAAUAGUCUUUUAAAAAUCUCGUUACUUUAAAACAGAUUAGCGAACAUCCUUAAAUUACAUAAAAAUAAGAGUUAUAUCUAGUGUAUUAAAUUUUGUCAUUUUUUAAAAUUUUUAUUGUUCUCACAAUAAACAUGAUAAAAGCUACUUAUACAUUUAAAAAAGAGAAUCUGAAAAUAUGCUAAAUUGGGGAUGGGACUAACAUAUUCCUGCUUUUACUAAGUGACAAAUCCUUUGAAAUUAAAAUCCAACUUCAUUCUCCCAUAACUCAAAUUCAUACUUCCAUAAAACCUACAUGACCUGGGGGAUAUGGGAAAAUUUGCUUCCAUUGGUUGAUCUAGAUCUGGUGUUUUCAAUAAAAGAUGGAAAUUAAAAUGCUUUAUUAUGACUAUCACCAAAAAGCAAGCCACACAAAAAUUCAGGACUGUGAUUUAAAUUCCUGUAUUCUUUAAACCAGACUCUGCAUCAUUCUUGAGUUUUACACAUACAUAUUUAAAAAAAUUUCAGUUGUAAAUCUAUUAUGAGUUGUACUUAAGCAGUUGUUGACUAUUCAAAUCUACAUACAUGUACUUUUCUACAUGUUAGAUUAAGCAUUAGAGCUACCACCUGAUUUAAAUUGUUAAUGAAUUCAUUAUAUUUAUUCAAAGAUUUUAUUGUCUGCACACUGUAGUAAAUGUUCAUAAAGAUCUGUAUAUUUUGUAGAAUGAAAAUUGUAAUUUAUUUAUAGAUGUAUGAUAUUGGUUGAAACUGAUUGUGUGUAUACACAUAAUCUGAUUAGAGUCUGAAACGUGUGGCCUAUGUAUACUGUUUGCAUGUUUUUAAACUAAACAUACAAUUUAUUUGUCUCUGAAUAAUUCUUGCCAGUGCUUUUGACUUAAAUGUUGGGGAAACUUUACUUAACAUAUAUACAUGAUAUACGCUAAAUCACAUGAUAUACCCUAAAUCACAUGAUAUACCCUAAAUCACAGAAUUGAAAUUAAAUUGUAACAUUCCAUUAAUUCUAUGUAUAGUAUAUCAUACAUGUCGUACUAAUAUAAAGACAGUCUCAGACUUUGAAUUUGUUAUAGUGAUAUUUACAACUUUUUUUUUAUCAGGAAGAGGGUACUUGAAUACUUUACUAACAGCUAACUCAAAUUAAAUCAAAGAAGACAAUAAAUUCUGAAUAUUAAAAUAGAAAUGUUCUAGUUGACAGUUUUUUCCUUUUAAAAAAUAAAUUACCACAUGAGAAACACUAAAUGUUUGUGAAAAGAUUAUUAAACUAGAUUCUUAUGAUCCCCUAGAAAUUGGGGAUACAUGUAUAUAGUAUGGAACACUGCAGUCUGUUAAAAAAUUCAAAAAAGGCUAAAGAACUCAUGAUAAAUAUACACACAGCCAUUUAAGGAAGAUUACAUCAAUAAACAUGUGAAAAAGUUCUUGUAUUUUUCAUGGAAUAAUUUUUGAGGAUGUUUAAUGGUUUUCCACUACUUAAGUAUUUAAAUACAAAAUGACUGUCAAUCUUCUUAAAUGGCAUUGUUUGGUGUUAUAGAAGUAUAUUUAACACUUUUAGUCUUGAAUAGUUGAAAGUGGUUAUUUUGUUUAAGCCUGUUCCUGAAAAUUAAUGGCAUUUUGGAGUUAAGAAACCUGUUUUGUAAUCACUCUCUAUAUAUGCAUACAGUUUUACCUGAUUGGUCAUUUCAAACCAUCUCCCAUAAUUCAUAUCAAAUCAAAAAUGCCCAAUCUCCCAUCAUGUGAUUUAUAAAAACUCUUAGUCAUUUCUAAAGUUACUCAUAAACUAGCAAAUUAUCAGAUUGGUUAAAACAGAACAUAAUUUCCACUUUAAUUCACUGUAAGUAUAAUAAAGGUAAGUAAAACAGUACAUUUGAAUAAACUUUAUGAAUUACAAAAUUCAUUUUGAUACUGUCUGACAUAUGAACCUAUUUUUUUAUACCAAUUAUCAUAUAUUGUUACUAUUGAAAUUGUAAAGAUGCUACCAAAUGCUGAUGUCAUAGCAAUUACACUAAAUGUCUAGCCUCAUCCAGAUUAACAGUUUGUUAUACUUGUUAGUUUAAAAUAAAUUUGAACUUGUAUAACGAAAACUGUUUAAAAUUGAUUAAAAUGUUUAUUAAUUUAUACCCUGUACUUUGUACUAAUAUUAAAGUUUUUAUCAGAUUUAAAAAAAUCUGACAUUGCAUUAAAAUCAUAUUACACCUAGAUAAACUAAUCAUUACAUGAAUUUCUAUGCAGUAUAUCUGUUGUUUUAUAGUAUAUAAUUAAUGAGUACUUUAUGUACAAUUGCUGUAAAUAAUAUUGUAUAUAAAAGAAUAAAAUAUAUUAAGUUUUUGUAGGAAAUAAAAUAUAAUGAAAUAA